UCAACACCAUUUGAAUAGCAAAGUCUGAUCUGACAACUUCAAUGAAAGAUGGAUCAAAUGGAAGUAACAUCAAUAAGCACACCAGAAGAAGUGAUAUGACAAAUAAAGUAGACAAACCAAAGAUUUCAGUGAGAACAUUCCAAGGUAAUGCUCGAUACAUUGAUUUCUACAAUCGGUUUGUUGAGACUACAUUCGCAAAUGUACCAUAUAUAACUGAGAGUUCACAUUUGAGAGCAUCAUACAACACAGUCGAUAAGGUUUAUUAUAGAUAUAAUGGUUAUAGGGAUAAUAAUAUAAAUGAACAGAAAAACGAUCUGAAACAAAGAGAGGAUGGUGAAAUUGAAGACGAAGGUGAAGAUGAAGAUGAAGAUGAAGAUGAAGAUGAAGAUGAAGAUGAAGAUGAAGAUGAAGAUGAAGAUGAAGAUGAAGAUGAAGAUGAAGAUGAAGAUGAAGAUGAAGAUGAAGAUGAAGAUGAAGAUGAAGAUGAAGAUGAAGAUGAAGAUGAAGAUGAAGAUGAAGAUGAAGGUGAACAUCAAGAGGAGGAUGCAGGAGAUGACAGUUUGCCUGGGACAUAUUGGAGUAGAAAUGAGAAAGAACUAUUUUUCAGGAACUUAUCGAGAUAUUCCAUUCAUAAUAUUGAUAUGAUAGCUGAAGGUAUAAGAAGCAAGAGUAAAAUUGAAAUAUUAGCAUAUUAUGGCCUUUUAAAAUCUUCUUUAGCAGAGUUGAAGAAUCGUGGAAAGAUCAUGAAGUACAAGAUUGCUAAGAAAGAUCCAAAUAGUCAUCGUUACAGUGGUGUUCAGAAAUACACUGUUGAAUUUAAAAAGGGUUCAAAGAGAUUGAUCAAAUAUGAGGAUAUCCCCCAGGCUUAUGAGAUUAGCGAAGAGUUCAUUAAGUUCGAAGAAAAUCAAAGUGAUUUAAUCACCGUAAAAGAGAAGAAAAUGAUUAACGAUGAAACGAAACGAUUUAAAGAACAUAUUAUGGCAUACGCAAAUUCCGAAUCAUCAUUACUUAAUAUUGAGAAUCUUGAAUUAAUUUCUACUAAUGUUCAUACCCAAACAAAUUACAUAUCAGUUCCUAAUCAGUACAACGGUAGACACCCGCAGUUGAGAGUAGGGUGGACAUCGAUCAUGCUUUUGGAAAGAGUUAUUACCCUUCUCGUGACAAAAAUUAUGACUAAAAUAUUCAGUGAUACUAUUAAUGAUAAUAGGAUUGAAAUAAAUGUACAAAAUGUUUUCAAUGCGAUUUCAACAUUAGGGUAUCACAAUACAGAUGAGAUGUUUAAUAAGUUUAAUUAUUGGAAAAGGCUUCAUGAUAGAUUAUUACCAGUUAUCGUUAAAGAUAAAGACUCAAAACUCAAGCAUCUGGACUUAAUUUGGAAUGAUAAAGAAACUUAUUUAUCCAAAAUAAAAGAAAGAACAGAACACACUUCAUUCCAUCAAUACUUAAGCGAAAAUGGUAGUAUAUUCCCAACUGUUCCUGAACUUUCAAUUCCAAUACUGGUAGAUGAAGGUAAAGGGAAUAUAAAUCCCAACAAUGAAAUUCUGCAUAUUUCCAAGCUCCGCAAGAAAAAGGACAAAUUACGAAUAUUAGCUCCCGAUAAAAUCUUUGAUCAAUUAAAUUCUGAAUAUGAUAAUGCUAUAGAUAGAAGUGAUUUCUAUGAAAGUAGGAUGCAUGAACGAGGGUUAGUUAGUUAUUUGAUGGGGGAAUAUAGUAACGAAGAAGAUGCAGAAUUUAACAAUGAGGAUGAUGAAACUAGCAAUAUAAUACUUGGUUGGAGACACCAAGAUUUAGAAGAUAUCCAAGCUCAAGAUUAUUUGGAUUCAUUGUGUCCUAAAAAACUUACGACUACAAAGGAACCAAACGAAGAUCAUUCAGUAAUACUUGCGGAAGAAGUAAACCCCCAACUACAAGUAGGAUAUUUUGACAUACCUCAGCAAUUGCUUGAGUCAUAUAAAUAUGAGUUUGCCAGUUAUGAAUCACAAGACACAUAGCAUUUUUCUUCAUAAUAACAUUGUAAUAGAUUUGCUUAGAUAUAGAACUAAGAAUAAAGUGGUACGAAAGUAUAAAAUUUUAAAUUCGGAUUACCGAAAAAAAAUUAUGUAGCCAUUGCCAACGCCAUUGCUAAUAUAUUCAUAGGAUUUGCGUUAUUUUUAAUUGUAUUAUUGCGCCUGUGAAAGAUGCAGCAACACAAUGCAUCUUCAAGCAUUGAACUAUUAAUCACAUCUAGUCCACUUGGAGUCUCUCGGUUCAUUUGUCUAUUUUUAGAUACAGGUUCAAUAAAAUUGGAACGGCAAUCAUCCCAAAUAGGCAAGAUGUCUU